CAGUUUGACAGACGGCAUUGCAGAAGCGUAUCGAUUUUUACUGUCGUCUACACAGUUUUAGUGUCCGUCUAUUAGUGUAGUAGUGUCGUUUCAUGAUAAAUUUCAGUGAAUGGGAUUUUUAUUGAACUAACAGUGAUAAUUACCUGGUUCAAAGAUGACCAAGGAUAGGUUACAGGCUUUGAAAGCUGCGCAAAGUGACGAUGACGACGUGGGCCCAGACGAUGUGGCCGUCAACGUCGAGGGCCGCGAUGGGUUCAUGGACGAGUUCUUUGCAGAGGUGGAGGAGAUCCGGGAGAUGAUAGACAAGAUACAGGCCAAUGUGGAGGAGGUGAAGAAGAAACACAGUGCCAUCCUCUCUGCGCCGCAGACAGAUGAGAGUAAGUCACUUUCUAACAGCAUGUUGUUGACAGAUAUAAAAAAAACAAAAAUCAAAGUUGCCAGUAAAGUUGAUAUUAUCGAACAGAAUAUAGAACAAGAGGAACACACGAACAAGUCAUCGGCAGACCUGAGGAUACGUAAAACGCAGCACUCGACUCUGUCACGCAAAUUUGUUGAGGUAAUGACGGAAUACAACCGCACACAGACCGACUACCGUGAGCGGUGUAAAGGCAGAAUACAGAGACAGCUGGAAAUUACGGGUAGACAAACAACCAACGAAGAACUAGAGGAGAUGUUAGAACAGGGCAACCCAGCAGUAUUCACACAGGGGAUUAUAAUGGAGACACAACAAGCGAAGCAGACUCUAGCGGACAUCGAAGCGAGACACGCGGACAUCAUCAAGUUGGAGAACUCCAUCCGGGAACUGCACGACAUGUUCAUGGACAUGGCUAUGCUGGUUGAGAGUCAGGGUGAGAUGAUAGAUCGCAUAGAGUACCACGUGGAGCACGCAGUCGACUACGUACAGACAGCCACUCAGGACACCAAGAAAGCCCUCAAGUACCAGAGUAAAGCUCGGCGGAAAAAGAUCAUGAUUAUGAUCUGUGUAACAAUUCUGGUGGUGAUCGUUGGUGGCUGGGUGGCCAGUUACGUGCCAGGUCUCGGCUAAACGUGAUGUCUGUUGACUCGGCCGUCGGUCUCCCACCAUCUCCUGUUAGGGCUAUAAUAAAUAACUGCGUGCGCUGUGAUGACUCGCUAGUCGGCCCUGCCACCAUAGUCUCUCUAGAUACCUUCCACAUUAGCAUUAGUUUUAUACCUUCGAAUGGACUUAAUAUGAUGAUUGUUCAUUUGGUUUGUACUUUGAUGUUGGAUAAAUACUGUGAUAUAUUCCUUGAAUGUUUCUCUAGAAUAUAGUUUAACAAUAAUAAAGAUGCUGAAAGAAAUGUGUUUGUUAAUAUUAUGGUAGUUUAGGGUAAUGUUAUCAUUUGUUUGUGUUAUUUAGUGAUUUAUUCUUACAGUAUAGGUAAUUCGUAAAUUUCAAGCAGUAGGAUGUUAUUUGAAUAUUUAACUUUGUAAUUCACUUCGUUUUUAUCCUUGAGUUUGAUAUUUGUUUUGUUAUAUUCUGUAAAUAUUGUAUAUUUUUACAUUUACUCUAGUCUUGUUAACAUUGUUGUUUUUUUUUUACCUAAAAUUACUUUCAGUCAUCAUAUUUUUAUAUAGUGUAACGUUUUUCUUAGAAUUUGUACAGCUCAUUCGUUUGUUAGCAUUUGUUGUUUUGUACAUACUGAAAUUAAUGUGAAGAAUUCAGAUCCGAGGUUCCCUAAGUCUUUAUUAAGUUAAGAUAUAUUAUUACUGGGCUUGUUAUUGCCAUAUGAGGGGUGGUUUUACGUAUUAAAUAUCACUUGGAAAUAAUCAUUGCAGAAAUUAUAAUGUUACUUCAAGACUACAAUAUAGGCACUACCAAUAUUCAUAAGUUUAUUUGACAUUUUUUAACCCUUUGAGUGCCAAGUAUUUUUUGAGUGGGUAUACUGAAAAGUGCCAGGUAUUUUUCUAGUGGGUGUACCUAAAA